AUGGCUUUCCAUGUGGAGGGGCUGGUGGCCAUAGUUGUAUUCUACCUGGCUAUCCUGGCAGUUGGGAUAUGGGCUGCUUGGAAAACCAAGAACACUGGCAGCGAAGGAGAUCGCAGCGAAGCUAUUAUAGUUGGUGGAAGAGACAUAGGCUUGCUAGUUGGUGGAUUUACUAUGACUGCCACAUGGGUUGGAGGAGGUUACAUCAAUGGGACAGCAGAAGCUGUGUACGUCCCAGGCUAUGGUCUUGCGUGGGCUCAGGCACCUAUCGGAUAUUCCCUUAGUCUGGUUUUAGGGGGCCUUUUUUUUGCAAAACCCAUGCGAUCCAAAGGCUAUGUGACAAUGCUAGACCCUUUUCAGCAGACUUAUGGAAAAAGGAUGGGAGGGCUACUGUUUAUUCCAGCUUUAAUGGGAGAAAUGUUUUGGGCUGCUGCUAUCUUCUCUGCAUUAGGUGCCACUAUAAGUGUGAUCAUUGACAUUAAUGUCAAUAUUUCAGUCAUUAUUUCUGCCCUGAUUGCAACUAUGUACACGCUUGUGGGUGGGCUUUAUUCUGUGGCCUACACUGAUGUAGUUCAGCUCUUCUGCAUCUUCCUGGGGCUGUGGAUCAGCGUACCCUUUGCGAUGUCCCAUCCUGCAGUGACAGACAUUGGGCUCACAGCUGUGCAGGAGGUGUACCAAGCACCUUGGCUUGGAUCUAUCAACUCACUUGACAUUUACACAUGGCUGGACAAUUUCAUUUUACUGACAUUAGGAGGAAUCCCAUGGCAAGCGUAUUUCCAGCGAGUUCUUUCUUCAUCUUCAGCCACAUAUGCCCAAGUUCUGUCAUUUCUGGCUGCUUUUGGCUGUCUGGUGAUGGCUUUUCCUGCAGUACUUAUUGGUGCAAUUGGAGCAUCUACAGCCUGGAACAAGACUGAGUAUGGUGUCCCUGACCCCAUGACUAAAAAAGAAGCAGAUAUGAUUUUACCGAUUGUGCUCCAGUACCUUUGUCCAGUCUAUAUCUCAUUCUUUGGCCUUGGUGCUGUAUCUGCUGCCGUGAUGUCGUCAGCUGACUCUUCAAUUUUAUCAGCAAGUUCUAUGUUUGCUCGGAACAUUUACCAGCUUUCCUUUCGGCAAAAUGCUUCAGACAGAGAAAUCGUGUGGGUCAUGAGAAUCACUGUUUUUCUGUUUGGAGCAUCAGCAACAGCAAUGGCACUUCUAGCUUCGUCGGUGUAUGGCCUGUGGUACCUCAGCUCUGAUCUUGUUUAUAUCAUCAUAUUCCCCCAGCUCCUGUGUGUGUUGUUUAUUAAAGGAACCAACACCUAUGGUGCCAUUGCAGGUUACUUAUUUGGCCUUGUUCUCAGAAUAACUGGAGGAGAACCAUACCUCUAUCUUCAGCCCUUGAUCUACUAUCCUGGCUGCUAUCCAGAUGAAAACAAUAUCUAUAUCCAGCGAUUCCCAUUUAAAACACUCGCUAUGCUUACCUCCUUCUUUUCAAACAUUAUAGUCUCCUACUUAGCCAAAUACUUAUUUGAGAGUGGGACUUUGCCACCAAAGCUGGACUUCCUUGAUGCUGUUGUUGCCAGGUACAGUAGAGAACAUAUGGACAAAGCAACUCUUGUAAAAAGUGACAAUAUUGUAUUAAACGAACUUGCACCUGUGAAUCCACGACACAGUUUAACUUUGAGCUCAACUUUCACAAACAAGGAAGCCUUCAAUUAUGUUGAUUCGAGUCCAGAGCUGUCCAAUACUGAAGAUAAUUAA